AUGUUCAGAUUCGGCUAUGACCAGGGUGUUAUGUCCAGCCUGUUGACUGGAGAUGCCUUUGUUGCCACAUUCCCUGAGAUCGAUACCACUGAGACUGGACACGGUAGUUCUUCCUUACAAGGCACAGUUGUUGCCAUUUACGAGAUUGGCUGCUUCUUGGGUGCAAUUGUUUCUCUGCUCGUUGGUGAACGACUCGGUCGACGCAAAUGUAUCAUGGCUGGAUGUGUUGUUCUGAGCAUCGGUGCUGCUCUUCAAGCCAGUGCCUAUAGCAUUCCCCAUCUCAUCGUCGGCCGAAUCAUCGCAGGUGUUGGAAAUGGUCUCAACACAAGUACCAUUCCGGUCUGGCAUUCGGAGAUGAGCAAGGCGGCAAGUCGAGGCAAAGGAUUGGCCAUCGAGCUAGCCAUCAACAUCUUUGGUGUGAUGCUUUCAUAUUGGGUUGACUACGGGAUGAGCUAUGUCAAGAAUGAAGCACAGUUCCGUUUUCCUAUUGCGUUGCAAAUUCUGUUUGCUAUUGUCACCUUCCUCGGGGUAAUUUGCCUUCCCGAAUCUCCUCGAUGGCUUAUCCAACAUAACCACGAAAACGAAGCUCGUCACAUUAUCUGGGCGCUCCAGCACAAUGCUCAUGAAAUCGACGAAGAUGACCCUGUUGUGAAUGUCGAUGUUACAGAAAUCUCUCGUGCAGUCGAAGAAGAGCAGGAAGCAUCAUCUGGAGGGUCGUUUAAACUUCUCUUUCAGAAUAACAAGCAACGGUUCCUAUACAGAACUCUUCUCGGUAUGGGGGGUCAAGCCAUGCAGCAGCUAUCUGGCAUUAACCUGAUUACCUACUAUGCCACUGUCAUCUUUGAGCAAUCCGUUGGAAUGUCCCACCAUACAGCAUUGCUAUUGGCGGGUUUCAAUGGAAUCGCAUACUUCUUUUCUUCAAUGGUUCCUAUUUGGACUAUCGAGCGUCUUGGCCGCCGUAAGCUCAUGAUGUUCGCAGUCAUUGGACAGGGCUGCUGUAUGGCUAUUCUGGCAGGCACUAUCUGGGAUGGCGGACACGCAGCUGGCUUGGUCGCGACUGUCAUGCUAUUCCUGUUCAAUUUCUUCUUUGCCACGGGCCUUCUUGCCAUUCCUUGGCUCUUGCCCGCGGAGUAUUCACCACUUGCAAUUAGAACCAGAUCAGCUGCCAUGGCGACUGCGACAAACUGGAUUUGCACAUUCCUUGUCGUGGAAAUCACACCAGUCAGCAUUUCCAAUAUCGGAUAUAAGACUUAUAUCUAUUUUGCCAUAUUCAACUUCUGCUUCCUCCCAUUUAUCUACUUUUUCUAUCCCGAAACGCAGAACCUCACCCUGGAGCAAAUCGAUCGGUUAUUCACCGACGAGAAGGUUCAGCUCCAUUGGGACUUGUCCAUGGGAAUUGCGGGUGAUGUGGACACACGGGUUGAAAAUGCCACUGCCAAAGACCUAGAGAGUGUAAAUGCUCAACAUGUUGAGUAA